AUGAGCAACUGGAAGAAGGACCACCUGGGAGCCAGCAGCUCUGAGCCCCUCAAAGUCAUCAUUAUCGGCAAUGGCCCCUCCGGCAUCUGCUUGUCCUACCUGCUCUCCGGCUACACCCCCUACGUGAAGCCCGAUGCCGUCCACCCGCACCCCCUGCUGCAGAGGAAGCUCGCCGAGGCGCAGGGGGUCUCCAUCCUGGACCAGGACCUGGACUACCUGUCUGAAGGCCUCGAGGGCCGGUGCCAGAGCCCCGUGGCCCUGCUCUUCGAUGCCCUCCUGCGCCCAGACACAGACUUCGGGGGGGACACGGAGUCCGUCCUCACCUGGAAGCUCCAGAAGGAGCGGGCCAUCCCCCACGUGGUCCUGGGCCGGAACCUGCCUGGGGGAGCCUGGCACUCCAUUGAAGGCUCCAUGGUGACCCUGAGCCAAGGCCAGUGGAUGGGGCUCCCGGACCUGGAGGUCAAGGACUGGAUGCGCAGGAAGCGCAGAGGCCUCCGUAACAGCCGGGCCACCGCCGGGGACAUCGCUCACUACUACAGGGACUACGUGAACAAGAAGGGCCUGGGCCAGAGCUUUGUGUCCGGCGCCGUGGUCACGGCUGUGGAGCGGGGGAUCCCUGAGCCCAGUGAUUCCGGGGCCCGAGACCCCAGCCCCCUCUUCCAGGUGAGCGGCUUCCUGACCGCCGAGGACCAGAGCCAGCAGCCCUUCUCCCUGCGCGCCCACAACGUGGUCCUGGCCACGGGCACGUCGGACAGCCCGGCCCGGCUGGGCGUCCCCGGGGAGACCCUGCCCUUUGUCCACCACGAGCUGUCGGCGCUGGAGGCGGCCAUCGGGGCCGGCACGGUGACCCCGGACUCGGACCCUGUCCUCAUCAUCGGCGCAGGGCUGUCGGCGGCCGACGCGGUGCUGUACGCCCGCCACUACAACAUCCCCGUGAUCCACGCCUUCCGCCGGCCCGUGGACGACCCGGGCCUGGUCUUCAACCAGCUGCCCAAGAUGCUGUACCCCGAGUACCACAAGGUGCACCAGAUGAUGCGGGAGCAGUCCAUCCUGUCGCCCAGCCCCUACGAGGGCUACCGCAGCCUCCCCGAGCACCGGCUGCUGCUCUUCACGGAGCACCGCCAGGCGCUGUUCCAGGACCCGCAGGGCCUGCAGAAGGUCUUCGGCCUCUCCCUGGUGCUGGUGCUCAUCGGCUCCCACCCCGACCUCUCCUUCCUCCCCGGGGCGGGCGCCCACCUCGCUGUGGACCCCGACCAGCCCGUGAGCGCCAAGAGGAACCCCAUCGACGUGGAGCCCUUCACCUACCAGAGCACGCAGCAGGAGGGCCUGUACGCCCUGGGGCCGCUGGCCGGGGACAACUUCGUGCGGUUUGUGCAGGGCGGGGCCCUGGCCGUGGCCAGCUCCCUGCUGAGGAAGGAGGCCGGGAAGCCGCCUUAG